CUCCGUCUGACCCAUCUCGAAUCACGUAAACAUAUCUGAGAAAAUGAGCUCUGAGGAUCCGCAACCCUCAAAGCUGGGUACAAAGGAGCACUGGGACUCUGUGUAUGAGCGAGAGAUCGCAAACUUCGAAGAGACUGGGGACGAAGGCGAAAUAUGGUUUGGUGAAGACAGUGUCGAGAAAAUGACAGAUUGGGUCAUUGAGAAUAUCUCCCCAACGAAUUCUCCGACAAUUCUCGAGAUCGGUUCUGGAAAUGGCACCCUUUUGUUCUCCCUGGUCGAGGCAGGAUAUGAAGCAUCGCGCCUCGCAGGGGCCGAUUACAGCCCGGAUGCAGUCAAGCUCUCUCGGAUGAUCGCAGCAAGUCGUGAGGGUUGCGAAGCGAUUUCGUUUUCGACAUGCGACUUCUUGGCGGAGGUUCCAAAUAAACUGGAAGGGCAAGGCGAGGACGGGUGGGAUUUAUUACUAGAUAAGGGGACGUAUGAUGCGAUUGCGCUAGGAGAGAAGGAUGAGAGCGGGAAGUCGCCGGUAGAGGGUUAUCCAGUCCGAGCGGCUAGCUUGUUGAAGAAAGGCGGAUAUUUCUUGAUCACUUCCUGCAACUUCACAGAAGCAGAGUUAAAAGAGAGGUUCAUUACACCCGAGACAGGCUUGAUAUAUCACUCACGGAUUGCUUAUCCCACUUUCUCCUUCGGAGGCAAGAGUGGCAAUGUAUAUUCCAGUGUCGCAUUCACAAAAUCAUGAUGCCAAAGCUCAUUCUGCAGUACCUCGAUGAUUGCGACAAUGUCGAGAGCCCGUUGGUCUGCGUGUGCUCCGGAUUUUGAGACGGCGUAAU